CGGGGGAUUGCGCAACAUCACCACACGAUACAUCAAGGUUUCCCGAUCGAUUGUCCAUUAAGGCAAAAGAUCAUUUAAGUCUACCACAACAAUGUGAAGCAGAUGCAGGCACGACAAUCGACCCAUUGUGUUUAAUGAGGUUUUCUCUGCCGGAAUUAGACGCCUUACAAUGCUGCCUGAGCUGGCGCCAGUAUUAAAUCCCAAUGCCGCCCCUUUACUUAACCCCCAAUGCAAAAUACAUUUUAAUUGUCAGUGCACGGAACUGUGAUGUUGCGUAAUGCCACAUUCAACCACUAGAGGUCGCAGUAACAGAGCAAGAGAAAGCAGGAGUUCUCUCCUAUCAAACCCACCGCAGCACCUCCAGAACAACACUUCCAGCUGUUUCUGAAAUACAAUUCCCAGCAUUCUCUGCCGGGCUGAUUUGGUUUAAGGACAGGAAAGGCAUCAGUUACAUUAGUAUUAGUUAUUAUUACAACAGUUGUUGGACUCCAGAACUUCACCUUGUGCAUUUAGUAAGAAGAUUUGCAGACGUCAAUGCUUUGUGUAGAGCGAAUGUGAUUAAACUGUAUUUUAUUAGCCCAGAGCAGAAUGAUUCUGUGUUAUAUGGGUUUCCCUCAUCACCAAAGAAAGGACCAGAAAUACUGAAGAGCCCAUUGUGACAUUCACUACCGUUACUUAUAAUGGACACAACUUGCCCUGGAAAUCUGCACUGUGUACAACACAAACAUGGGAUAUUGUGUGGACGUUUGUGCCCCCAUUCAUGACUUAUUUGUGCCAGCGCUCUCAUACAGGCUGUCAGAUCUUAAUAACUCAGGGUUUAGAGCCUCCCACAUCCCCAGCAGAUUGAGCUGAUCAAGGUUACCAGGAACAAGUCCGUUCCCUAAUCACGAGUCCAAUCUGUGUCAUGUGUGAAGUUCAGUAUUGGAGUUGCCACUUGAUCCCACCGUGCCUCCAUCUGUCACCCUCCCUCCCCCUGGCACAGUUAUCACUGUCACACCUUCUGUCUGGCACAGUCUCACCAGGGAGACUCUCAUUCAGCGCUCACUCAGCACUCUCUCAUGCCCAGGCAGUGGGAUCGGUGUCACGGUUCCGCCAGAAGCUGGUGGUGUCGGAUACUGAUUUAUCGUUGCCUGUUCUGACUCUUGGACCCGCAAUGCAAGGAUUGGGCCCGGCCUGUAUCUUCCUGCGCAAGGGCAUUGCUGAAAAACAGGGGUAUCGGGAAUUGGGCACCGAUGAGAUUGAAGAGCUCCGAGAUGCCUUUGUGGAGUUUGAUAAGGACAAGGAUGGAUUUAUUACCUGCAAGGACCUGGGGAACUUGAUGAGGAUCAUGGGGUAUAUGCCUACUGAGAUGGAGCUCAUUGAACUCUCUCAACAAAUCAACAUGAACCUUGGAGGUCGGGUAGAUUUUGAAGACUUUGUAGACCUGAUGACCCCUAAGCUCCUAGAAGAGACAGCUGGUAUGAUUGGAAUGAAAGAACUGAGAGAUGCCUUCAAAGAGUUUGAUGCUAAUGGAGAUGGAGAGAUCACAUUGGAUGAGUUACAUCAUGCUAUGCAAAGGCUUCUGGGGGAAAAGCUAACCAGUAAUGAGAUCACUGAUGUGGUGAGAGAGGCAGAUCUGAAUGGAGAUGGAACCGUGGAUUUUGAAGAGUUUGUCCGGAUGAUGUCACGCUGAUGCCUCUCCACCAAAUAGUAAACUGGUCAUCGAUCAUCUCUCAUAUUCCAUGAUUUAGAAGAGCCCUGGAUUCCCAGCAGCCAUUGCACAUCCUCCCUCAUUAAUUAAAACCAUUCAUCAAUAAAUGAACAUGUUUUUAUAAUUA